UUCUCUUAAGAUAUCGCAGCAGCCAUCCUGGGGGAACUUCUCUUUCUCAAUUCUGCCGCUUGCCGUUUGUUUGUUGUGUUUGACCAAAACUAAUCUUAUUGCGUUUAUAGGAUUAUCUCUCAGACCAUCUGUGGAGGGCCCUUAGCGCAUAAGAGCCUCUCGUUACCCAGCAGCCUUACCAAUCACCACCACACCCCAUCACCCCUGAAGUCAAGAUGUUCUCUCGCUUGGCCGCUCGUCUCCCCAAGGCGUCUGCCCUCAAUGGCGUUGCCGCCCGUCAGGUUCGCAACCUGAGCCAGCCCGCCGUUACCGGCAGCAAGGGCAGGAACAUGCCCGCCCGUGAGCCGCGCACUACUGCCGCUGCCACCGGCGCCGAGGCCACCUUCACCAUCAGGGAUGGCCCCGUUUUCCAGGGUACCGCCUUCGGUGCCAACUCCAACAUCUCUGGUGAAGCCGUCUUCACCACCUCCCUUGUUGGUUACCCCGAGUCGAUGACCGAUCCCUCGUACCGCGGUCAGAUUAUCGUCUUCACCCAGCCCCUGAUUGGCAACUACGGUGUCCCUUCGAACGAGCGUGACGAGUUCAACCUCCUCAAGUACUUCGAGUCCCCCCACAUCCAGUGCGCCGGUAUCGUCGUCUCCGAUGUCGCUACCCAGUACAGCCACUGGACCGCUGUUCAGAGCUUGGGCGAGUGGUGCGCCAGCGAGGGUAUUCCCGCCAUCUCCGGUGUUGACACUCGUGCGAUUGUCACCUACCUCCGUGAGCAGGGUUCCUCCCUCGCCAGGAUCUCCAUUGGUGACGAGUACGACGCCGAUGAGGAUGAGGGUUUCGUCGACCCCGGCCAGAUCAACCUGGUCAAGCGCGUGUCUACCAAGGCUCCCUUCGUGGUCACCAACCCCAACGGCAAGUUCCACGUCGCUCUUAUCGACUGCGGUGUCAAGGAGAACAUCCUUCGCAGCUUGGUUAGCCGUGGCGCUUCCGUUACCGUCUUCCCCUACGACUACCCCAUCCAAAAGGUUGCCGACAACUUCGAUGGUGUCUUCAUCUCCAACGGCCCCGGUGACCCCACUCACUGCCAGGAGACUGUCUACAACCUCGCCAAGCUUAUGGAGACUUCCUCUGUUCCCAUCAUGGGUAUCUGCCUCGGCCACCAGCUUCUUGCUCUCGCUGUUGGUGCCAAGACCAUCAAGCUCAAGUAUGGUAACCGUGCCCACAACAUCCCGGCUCUUGACUUGACCACCGGUCAGUGCCACAUCACCUCGCAGAACCACGGUUAUGCCGUUGAUAUCAGCACUCUCCCCAGCGACUUCAAGGAGUACUUCGUCAACCUUAACGACGGCUCCAAUGAGGGUAUGAUGCACAAGACCCGCCCUAUCUUCUCUACCCAGUUCCACCCCGAGGCCAAGGGUGGUCCCAUGGACAGCUCCUACCUCUUCGACAAGUAUAUGGAGAACGUCGAGCUCUUCAAGAGCAACUCCCAGGUCUACCGUGACAACAGGCCUUCUCAGUUAAUGAUUGACAUUCUCGGCAAGGAGCGUGUUGGCGUUGAGCCCACUCCUCUUGCUAACGCUGCUUAAGCGGCGAGAACGUCUUUUCAUUUUCUGAUGAAUGGUUUUUGUUGUUUGUUUUGGGUUUCUGGGUUUUAACACAACGAAUAUGGGUUUUGUAAAAUGGGACUUUUUGAGCGACGUCCUCUCGUUAAUAAUGGUUUGGGGACCAUGAUAUCUUUUUUACUACUUCAAGGG